CCGUCUCGGCCCCCGCGCCACUUUCGGGCUGCUUGGCGCGGAAUCGGGACGCUUGCAGACCAUGGCGCCCGUGCACGGCGAUGACGGCGAGCUGGGGGAGAGCGCUUUGUCAGAUUCCGAGAAUCUUGUGACUUCUAGAUCCCGGCGAGAAAAGAAAACAAAGAAGGGACGCCAGGAAGCUUUAGAAAGACUGAAGAGGGCUAAAGCUGGUGAGAAGUAUAAAUAUGAAGUGGAGGACUUCACAAACGUGUAUGAAGAAGUCGAUGAGGAGCAGUAUUCAAAGCUAGUUCAGUCUCGCCAGGAUGAUGACUGGAUCGUGGAUGAUGAUGGUGUUGGCUACGUGGAAGAUGGCCGGGAGAUUUUUGACGAUGACCUGGACGACAAUGCCCUUGAUUAUCAUGAGAAAGGAAAAGAGGGUAAAGUACCCCAUACAGACAAGCGGAAGGUAAAGAAGGCUGCCGUGACAAAACCGAACAAUAUCAAAUCGAUGUUCAUUGCUAGUGCUGUGAAGAAAGCUGCAGAUAAAGCCGUCGACUUGUCCAAGGAUGACCUGCUAGGUGACAUUCUGCAGGAUCUGAACACGGAGUCACCGCAGAUAACUCCGCCGCCCGUGAUGAUGCUGAAGAGGAAAAGAUCGAGCGGUGCCUCACUGAAUCCUUUUUCUGUGCCCACCCCCAAGGCAACUCCCUCAGGAAAACUUGCUGUCUCAAAAUCCCCUGUCUCAAGGAAGGAGCCUGUGCCGAGUCCCGUUCCUCAGAGCUGUGCGGGAGUGCCAUCGCCGCCGCCGCCGGCCGUGGGCACAGACGAUGAGGCGCCAGGGCCGAUGGAUUUCGACGAUGGGGACUUUGACGAGCCCAUGGACACGGAGGAGGUGGAUGACGUGGAGCCUCUGGCCACCAAGACGUGUGAUGCAGCGAGGGAGCCGGCAGAGCGGGAGGCUCAGGAGGCUGACCCCGGGGACGGGCCCGCGGCAAGUUUCCUCCCAGAUGUUUCCUGUUGGGCCCUGGAGCAGGCGGAUGACAGCUUCUCCACCCCGGAAGUGCAAGUGGAUUCCAGUCAGCUCCCGCUGGUGAAAGGGGCAGACGAGGAGCAAGUGUUCCAGUUCUUCUGGCUGGAUGCUUAUGAAGAUCCGUACAACCAACCGGGGGUGGUGUUUCUGUUUGGCAAAGUUUGGAUUGAGUCAGCGGAAACUCACGUGAGCUGCUGCGUGCUGGUGAAAAACAUCGAGCGAGUGCUGUAUUUCCUUCCCCGGGAGACGAAAAUUGAUCUAAAUACAGGGAAAGACACCGCAUCUCCAGUUACAAUGAAGGACGUCUAUGCUGAAUUUGAUGAGAAAAUAGCAACAAAGCACAGAAUUAUGAAGUUCAAGUCCAAGAUAGUGGAAAAGAACUAUGCUUUUGAGAUACCCGACGUUCCAGAAAAAUCUGAGUACUUGGAAGUUAGAUACUCGGCCGAAAUGCCACAGCUUCCUCCGGAUUUGAAAGGGGAAACAUUCUCUCAUGUAUUUGGGACUAACACAUCCAGCUUGGAACUGUUCUUGAUGAAUAGAAAGAUCAAAGGACCUUGUUGGCUUGAAGUAAAAAAUCCACAGCUUUUGAAUCAGCCAAUCAGCUGGUGUAAAGUUGAGGCAAUGGCUUUGAAACCAGACCUGGUGAGUGUAAUUAAGGAUGUCAGUCCGCCUCCACUUGUGGUGAUGUCUAUCAGCAUGAAGACACUGCAGAAUUUGAAGACACAUCAAAAUGAGAUUAUUGCCAUGGCGGUUCUGGUCCAUCACAGCUUUGCGCUAGACAAAGCCCCCCCACGGCCUCCCUUUCAGUCACACUUCUGUGUUGUUUCUACCCCAAAGGACUGUAUUUUUCCAUAUAAUUUCAAAGAAGACAUUAGUAAAAAGAAGGUGAAGGUUGAGAUUGCCGCGACUGAGAGAACCUUGCUAGGUUUUUUUCUUGCAAAAGUUCACAAACUCGAUCCUGACAUCAUUGUGGGUCAUAAUAUUUAUGGGUUUGAGCUGGAAGUGCUACUGCAGAGAAUAAAUUCGUGCAAAGUUCCUCACUGGUCCAAGAUAGGUCGACUGAAGCGAUCCACCAUGCCAAAGCUUGGGGGCCGGAGUGGAUUUGGGGAAAGAAGUGCUACAUGUGGCCGAAUGAUCUGUGAUGUGGAAAUUUCGGCAAAGGAAUUGAUUCGUUGUAAAAGCUACCAUUUGUCUGAACUUGUGCAGCAGAUUCUAAAAACUGAAAGGGUCAUAAUCCCGAUGGAAAGUAUACGCAAUAUGUACAGUGAAUCUUCUCAUCUGUUGUACCUGUUGGAACAUACCUGGAAAGAUGCCAAGUUCAUUUUGCAGCUCAUGUGUGAGCUAAAUGUUCUUCCAUUAGCAUUGCAGAUCACUAACAUCGCUGGGAACAUUAUGUCUAGGACGCUGAUGGGUGGACGAUCUGAGCGUAACGAGUUCUUGUUGCUUCACGCAUUUUAUGAGAACAACUAUAUUGUGCCUGACAAGCAGAUUUUCAGAAAAACUCAGCAAAAAACGGGAGAUGAUGAUGAAGAAAUUGAUGGAGAUUCUAGUAAAUAUAAGAAAGGUCGUAAGAAAGCAGCAUAUGCUGGAGGCUUGGUGCUGGAUCCCAAAGUUGGUUUUUAUGAUAAAUUCGUUUUGCUUCUGGACUUCAACAGUUUGUAUCCUUCCAUAAUUCAGGAAUUUAACAUUUGUUUUACGACAGUGCAAAGAGUUGCUUUAGAGGCACAGAAAGCUACAGAGGAUGAAGAACAAGAACAGAUCCCCGAGCUGCCAGAUCCAAACUUAGAAAUGGGCAUUUUGCCCAGAGAGAUCCGGAAGCUGGUAGAACGAAGGAAACAUGUCAAGCAGCUAAUGAAACAGCAAGAUUUAAAUCCAGACCUUGUUCUCCAGUAUGACAUUCGGCAGAAGGCUCUGAAGCUCACAGCCAAUAGUAUGUAUGGCUGCCUGGGAUUUUCCUAUAGCAGAUUUUAUGCCAAACCACUGGCUGCUUUGGUGACAUACAAAGGAAGGGAGAUUUUGAUGCAUACUAAAGAGAUGGUGCAGAAGAUGAAUCUAGAAGUUAUUUAUGGAGAUACAGAUUCUAUCAUGAUCAACACCAAUAGCACCAAUCUGGAAGAAGUAUUUAAAUUGGGAAACAAGGUUAAAGGUGAAGUGAAUAAACUGUACAAACUGCUGGAAAUAGACAUUGAUGGUGUUUUCAAGUCUUUGCUACUGCUGAAGAAGAAGAAAUACGCUGCCCUGGUUGUGGAGCCAACGGCCGAUGGGAAUUAUGUCACCAAACAGGAGCUGAAAGGCUUAGAUAUUGUUAGAAGAGACUGGUGUGAUCUUGCAAAAGAAACUGGAAACUUUGUUAUUGGCCAGAUCCUUUCUGAUCAAAGCCGGGACACUAUAGUGGAGAACAUUCAGAAGAGGUUAAUAGAAAUUGGAGAAAAUGUGGUAAAUGGCAGUGUCCCAGUGAGCCAGUUUGAAAUUAACAAGGCAUUGACGAAGGAUCCUCAGGACUACCCUGACAAAAAAAAUCUUCCUCAUGUACAUGUUGCCCUCUGGAUAAAUUCACAAGGAGGCAGAAAGCUGAAGGCUGGAGAUACCGUGUCCUACGUCAUCUGUCAGGAUGGGUCAGAUCUCACUGCGAACCAGAGGGCCUAUGCACCUGAGCAGCUGCUGAAACAGGAGAAUUUAACCAUUGACACUCAUUACUACCUGGCCCAGCAGGUCCACCCAGUGGUGGUUCGGAUCUGUGAGCCAAUCGACGGGCUCGAUGCUGUCCUCAUUGCCACGUGGUUAGGACUUGACCCCACCCAGUUUCGAGCUCAUCAUUAUCAUAAAGAAGAAGAGAACGAUGAUGAAUUUGGUGGUCCAGCCCAGCUCACUGAUGAAGAGAGAUAUAGGGACUGUGAGAGAUUCAAGUGUCCGUGCCCUACAUGUGGAACUGAGAAUAUUUAUGAUGGCGUCUUUGACGGUUUGGGAACCGACGUGGAGCCCAGCUUAUAUCGUUGCAGUAAUGUCAAUUGCAAGGCGUCACCUCUGACCUUCAUGGUACAGCUGAGCAACAAACUGAUCCUGGACAUUAGACGUUGCAUUAAAAAAUACUAUGAAGGCUGGUUGAUUUGCGAGGAGCCAACCUGCCGCCACCGAACUCGCCACCUCCCCAUCCAGUUCUCCCGAUACGGCCCUCUCUGCCAGGUCUGCAUGAAAGCCACGCUGCGACCAGAGUAUUCUGACAAGUCCCUGUAUACCCAGCUGUGCUUUUACCGGUACAUUUUUGAUGUGGACUAUGCGCUGGAGAAACUUACUAUGGAUCAUGAGAAAGAUAAAUUGAGGAAGCAGUAUCUGACCGCCAAAGUUCUUCAGGACUACAAAAAACUCAAGAACACAGCCGAGCAGUUCCUGUCCCGAAGCGGCUACUCCGAAGUGAACCUCAGCAAACUCUUCGCUGACUGUGCAAUGAGGGCCUGAGGGAACCCCCAAAGUGGGCUCAUCCCCUGCCAGGGCCUCACUGGCCCAGCAUCUGUUUGCUUUGGGGCUGCAGCCCACGUUCAUGGGGGAGGGAGGCCAAGGAGGCCGCAAACCUGUUCAGCUUGCUACGCUUCAGAGAAGACGCAAGCACCCACCUUCCCACAUCCCCACAGGACCAUGGGACCUCGGAGCCCUUCGCUGUGCUCCUGAGGUGCUUUUGCUGCUUCGUGCUUGGGACUGGAUUUCCGGGGGUGGGGGGAGUUGCUAAGGGAAGGGAAAUCCAAAGGCACUGGGUCACAAGGACCCCAGGCUUUGCCCCGCCGCCUCAGCAAAUGACCCUCCUAAAAGAGAGGUUCAUCAAGCCUGCUUGGAGCGCUAACAUUUUGCCUUUUCCAAAUCAUGCCAGUUCAACCCAGUCCGACCCCUGAUGCUUCCAGCUGCUGUCGCCAGCAGUGGUCCGUUUGUCCACUUUGCUGGUUUGUCUCGAUGUGCAGAGCUGGGGUGCAUGUCGAAGGCCUGCACUUCCUCAGCAGUUGAAGCAGAGCUCACUUGUUUAUUGAAUUGCUUCAAAGUCCAACCCACACACGCAUACACGCACACCACCAGGCAGGUGUUUUGCGCUCACAUUCCGUUUUUUAUUUCCCCUUACGUGGAAAAUCCAAGUAAAGAUUUAUACAAGAGAAAGGCACAUUUAAAAUAAUUUGACAUACCAUUUCAUUAUAAAUGCAUAGAGGGUAGAGGUUGGGGUGAAAAUUUGCCAGAAGGGAUGGUUCGCUGGCCCCAUUUUUCUCAUCACAACAUUGCUCUCUUCGCCAGAUGCCAAAAGGAUUUCAGUACAGCAGUUCUCUCUUACAUUAUUAGUAAGACCAUAGCAACAAUCUACUUUCCUUGUACAGCUGUGCUAUAUUUUUUUAAAGUUAUCUACCUAUGUGUUUUAUAAAAGAAAAAUAUGUUCGACUCUUUUUACUUAAGAAUAAAGUUCUCUAAAGGGAAACCAGUUGUGGUGAAUC